CUCAGGGCUGGCAAGGUACGGUAUAUUGUCUCUUAGUUCUGCACUGAACCGCCCUCAGUGACUAUAUAUUUAUUGUUUGUUUCCAUUUAUUUUCUUAGAAAUGUUAACACAAAAAAAGACUCUGUCUGCUCAAGGGAACACAGAGAGGCUGAAUGACGAAUUUGAAUGGGAAAGAUUGUUCUGUAGACUAUUUUGUGAGAUAGAGAAGUUGUAGUCAUUGUGUGCUUAGAGGAGAGAAAAAAGAAGAGGUUUCAAAGGUCUUGACAAGGUGUGUGAAAGGCGUGUGGAACCAACAGCCUGUACAGUAGCACGGGGUGGCAUUCCUGACUCAGGUCAGCCAGUUCUUGUGCUUAAAAUGAUGUACAGCCUGAAGUAUCUCACUGAAUCACGCUAUUGAGAAGCUCUGGAGUAGUAUGCUUAUCACAGAACUUGUCUUUAGUCUUUUAUUAGCAUGUCAGCUGUGGGAACUUCUGGGGAGAUUAAUGAGUCUGAUUUGUCCCAUGAUAUCCAUAGUCACAGGAUUCAAAAAUGUAGCUGCCCCGUGUCUCUAUAUCCACUGCAGGGUGACUUUAGUGCUCCAUCAUGUCAAUCUGAUUUUGCCUCCAGGUCCCGGUAGAAUCUAAAUAUGUUCACUGCCCCUGUUAAUGGUCAUGAGUAGUGAUGUCCUAUGUAACAAAACUACUAGCUGAAUAUUUGCCUUGGACAUGUGCUUGUAGCAUUUUAAUUAGAUCACCAUUGUUAAGGUCACACACUGCACUUAGGCAGGCUAUUGUUGUGUAGUUAUAAAGCUGCAUCUUACGGGUUGCUAGGGGAGGAAUGACACAGGCAAUUAUCACAGGGUCCAUGGCAAAGAACAUCAGGUAGAGUAACUUAAUUAAGGUUGUGUAAUGUGUCUGAAACUGGAAAACAUCAGCAAGAUAUAACCCCCCUGGGAAGCUUUGACUUCAAGUGUAAGUGCUGGGUCAAAUGCAGGCUUGUUGAAAUUGAGACAAUAUUUCUUCUGUAAUACUUGUCCUAAACAGAGGAGAGUGUUUCAUUUUUUACUUCCAGUUCUAAAUGCAAUACCAUGUAAAAGUAUCAGAAAACACACAAAAAUAAUUUCAGUAUUGAAAUUGCAAUUCUGAAAGGCUGGCCAGGGAUAAAACAUAACUUUAAAGGUCUUGAUUUUCUUAUAUUGAAAUGAGUCCUGUUGCUUCUUGAAGGACAUUAGGGACAUGUACCAUCUCUAUAGCACCACAUAAGGAUUCUGAUGCCAGGAGGCUCUGGAGGAACUUUGGACUUGUUUUUUUAAAAAGACCACAUGUUUUAAUUGAUGUUGUUUCAGGCAUUAAAAUUGGUGAAUGAUGCGUUUGUUGGUCCUGGUAAAAAGCCAUCCUUUUAAAUUACUGAUUCAGCAGACUAGCCACAGAAUUAAGAACAAAAUUUUCACAAAGCAAAUAUGUCUAGGAAUCAGAAAGGAAGAAUAGCAUUACUAAUCUGUAAUCCCCAACCAUUUCAUUCUUAUCUGCAAGGAAAAUAUAUUUAAUAACAUUGUUUGUUCUGUUUCAAAAUGUCAACUUUAUAACAGCAGGGCACAAUCUAAAGCUCCAUAUUUUCAUGUUCCUGCUCCUCCCUACUUUAUGGUAGUAAAUUUGAUCCAGUUUUUGAUAAUAGACAGCAUUGCAAAUGGAAAGGAUUAUAAUUAGGACAUACCCAUUAUACUUUACAGGUUUUAUUACUGUCCCAGAGGCUUGCAAAUAAUUGAGUGGGAAUUAUAGACUAUAGGGCUUGUGCAAUACUGGUGUUCUUUUAGUACAUGCUGUCCAGGAAAUAAUUGAAAGUGAAAACCAGGUUGCUUCAGAGCAAUUUCAGUUCUAUCUCCUUUUUAUUGUGAGAAAGCCAGGCUAAAUUCUUUUCCCACCUGGAACAGCCAAUACCCAGGCUGAUUGCUGCUUUCCCAGGCUGAUUACUUAUCACAGAUUUUUUUUAAUUUUUAUUUUUUAUUUUUUUUAUUUUAUUUUUUUGUGCUCACUAAAGAUCUCAGGAUGUCUCAGUUUCUCAGGUACCCAGCUGAGAUUCAAAGAUGCCAGCUACACUCCUCAAGGAUGCUCUCUGGGGUGCCAGGCUCUGAGAUCCGAGGCUGGCAGGUAUCUUUCUCUGUCAGUAUUUUAGUGAAUGUCUUAUUCUGUCAACAUUUUUCCUUUAUGGCUGCUCUCCUCACACAUCCCUCUGCAGAGGCUUAGAGGGGUGUUUGGGCAUCUUACAAUAGCUCUAUGAACACUCAAGGUGGCCAGAGACAGUGCAGGGCUUUGCUGUGUAUGGGCUUUUAGAGUCUUCUCCAGGUCCACUGUGACCAGUUAGGCUGCUAGAUCAGUGUUCACUUGUUGUGAAGCCAGACUGACACCUGGGGGUCCAGAGGAUCUCUCUCUCCUCCCCCCCCAUUCCUGUUUAUUCCACCUUACCCACACACAAUCCCAUGCUUCCCAUGAUGGCCCUUCUCACCUGCCAUCACCAGGUCUCCCCAGUGCUUCCUGUCUGUCACUGCUGUCACAGGAGCCCUUUGGGCAGGGAGCUUUGCUUCUGGGCUGCCAUUUAAGAAAUCUGUCUCCUGUGAAGCCAGACACUGGAAAUUAAUUUGGAUCAACAACAAAGCUAGUCACCCAUUCCUUGAUGUACCUAAGUUACACUACAAUAGGUAUUUUCAUUUAAGUAGGGUAGUUUUUAGGCAUUUCUGUAUGGGGAGAGGAAGGAGGAAUUCUCCUUUCUCAGUGAAAACAUCUUUGACCCAUGAAUGCAAUUACAGGUUAUCUGAAAGGAUACACCUCUUGAUAGACUGAUUUCUACUUGCAUCAUCUGUAAAAGGCUCUGCUUGAUUUCUGCAGCUUCAUGAUAGUCCAGAACCUCAUUAUGACUGCUAACCCAACAACCUGUAGCACUGAUCUCUAGAUCCUGCAUUAUUCUCUAUUUCUAUCUGUUCUGAAAUAUAAAGCUGGGUGAUUGCUGGUGACUUUCAGUUGAGGUGAGUCGCCUUUGAGCGGGUCAUGUAACAGCAUGACCUCCAACUCCCCAAACCUAGGCUAUAGUACACUCAUGCUAACCUGAUCAAAAGGCAAAAGAAAACCCCAGAAUAAAGCUAGAACAAGUAGCCAGAAAAGCAGGUUUUGAAGUUUUUGAACUAACUAGUGCCACAUCAAAUUCAUUCUGAGUCUAGAUUGAACCAAGAAUUCCUAGCUGUAUCCCCCUCAUACUGCCACCCUGAAAUGCUAUCUGAUAAGAGGCUCUGUAACACAUACCAGACAUUUUUUAGAAUAGGACAUCUUGGGAUUUCUAGGAAAAUUGCUGGCUUUGUAUACUCUGAAGUGUUUCUUUACUGGGUUAGUUUUCUAGAGUGUGUUUCCACCCUCCCCUUGCACCCCAUCUUAGUCUUUGUAAUAUCUUUUCCACCUUACAUGUUUCCCAAUUGAGAGUCAACAGGGAAAAAAAACAAAAACAAACAAACACACCUGAAGCAGCUUGGGCUAUGUUGCUCUUUGAAACUGAUUCCUAUGUACACAACUGAGGAUGUUAUGCAUAAGACAUAAGUCAGUAGUCUAUUGUGCUAGGGAACAGCAAGAGGAGAGGUGUUUUUGAAGAGAACAUGAGCCACAAGCCAGGCAGGUGAAAGGGACACAGAAAUUGGACAACAAGGACCUUACUGUCCAGGUCCCAGUGCAACAGUACCUGAGUGAAGGAGCACAGCAGAACCACAGAUCGUGGCCAGUCCAGCCAAGAGUCCACAGGAUUUGGCAAUACUAACGUGAUGAGGCAGAUCCAAGAUCAAGCUGAAAAAUCAUUCCAAAUGUAAGGUUUAAGAUGAACGAGCAAACACCCUUGGCUGAGCUUAAAUAGAGCUCCUGGAUGCACAGCUGUGGGGAGGGGGCUCCAGUGAGGGUGGUCAGGGCCAUUAAGGGUUAUGAGAGCCUUCAGGGCCUUGACAGUGUGUUCCUUUCAGAGCUUUGCCACUCACUCCUGUUAGUUCACAGACUACUUGUUUCAUUUCUGUUUGGGACUGUGCUGUCCUCGCUUUUGUUACCUCAUCUAGUGUGAUUGCAAACACUUAAAAUAGGAAGUCUUGUUCCUUCCAUGCCUGCGCAGAAACAAGUGUAGGAGGGCCUUUGUCUUGCCUGAGUCUUUUGAUAAUAAAGCGUGUAGUAUCUGUAGACAAGUGUGCUCCUGGCAGGAUUCCCACAAAAACAUACACUUUUGCAACAGGAAAAGAGGAUGCUGACAAACUGCUGUACGCCUCGGUGGAUGUGACAGAAUUUGACUUUCAGAGCACAAGCAAUUGCUGAGGCAUCUUUUCUCAUCAAAUGCUUCUCCUCUGAUCACUACAGCAUUGGCAUUCGGAGGUUGUGAGUAGGCAGCAAAAUGUACAGCCACUGUUUAUUUAUAAUUCUGUCUUUUGUAAUCGAGAACUAGAUUGUAAGUAGAUGUGUGCUGCUCUCCUCAGAGGGGUCCUGUGAGUCUACGUGAGCUGCUUCGCUGCAACCCCAGGCAGGGACUGCAACCCCAGGCAGCCACGCUGAACACGGAUGUCUGUUAAAGUCAAAGGGGGGGUUACAGGUGGGGAAAUUGGCGUUUGCUCAUGUGAUGGAGUUGCCUGGAGUAUUUAUGUCAUUGAUAUGCCUAUGUGGAGGUUUUUCACCGGUGGGGCUGUCAGGAUGUAGAAGGGAAAGCAGGAGGGAUUUCAGGGGCAGUGUGAAAACCACUGACUUAGGGUAUUUCUCCUCCAGUGCUGGCAGCUUUGGGCAGCAAUUCUGAGUUUGUGAGUGGGGCAAAAAAUAAUCUGAGGUGAAUGUAAAGACUCCCAAGAGGAGCAGUGAAGUAUAGAGGAGAAAAUCGGAGACCCAGAGUCCUAGAGGCUACAGCUUGGGGUCAGACUGAGCCUGCCUGACAGCGCCAGUAGGAGCAGCGUGUGUGCAGCUCCUCGGCUGUUGUGAAAUCCUUUCACUCAGCGCUUGGCACUGUUAGAGCCAGCACUCCUCGAAGAGAAGAAGCUGUGUGGAAGCACCAUGGAGGCACCUGCCGGGAGCGACCCACCCCUGUGAAACCAGGACCAGGGGGCAGCCAAGGAGCUCCAGCCUGCCCGAGGACAGACCCGUGGACAAGCAAGGGGGCUGCAGCAGGCAGGAGGGCUGCGUGCCGCCACCCGGGAGCUGAUCGGUGAGCGAGGGCUGCAGGAUCCCUGCAGCAGCUCAGCCGCCCACCCGUGAGACACGCCAGGCCCUCUCUCCGGCCCAGAGCCCCCUCAGCACCGAGGCCCGGGUCUCUGGACAAAAUGGGGAACUUGUCAAUGAAACCCAAGCACCUGAGACAGCCAGAUAGACACGUAGCAAACCUCUCUAUUGGUUGUGCUGGCAACUAUAAGUUUCUGAAGGACCCAGGUCUAGGCAUCCAUGUGACUGGGCAAGCUGAUGUUCUUUGCAGCAGGGUGGUUGAACUGGAAAAGGAGCUGAAAAGAAAAGAUGAAGAGUUACAAGAAGGUCAAAGUCUUGUUGCUGAGCUUCAGGAGCAGCUGGCUAUGCAGACUAAGGUCAUAGCAGAACUCACCAAGGAACUUCAGAGCAAGUGUAUACAGCUGAACAAGCUGCAGGAUGUUAUUAAUACUCAAGGAGAACACUCUCUUCAGCCUUCUCCAUUUAGAGCAACUCCAAAGAAUCAAGUCUCUGCUGACAGGAGGAAAGGAGCUAAGGAAGGUGUAUCUGCAGAGCCAACAACACAGCUGUAUGAUUUGAGCAAGCAAGCUAAGUUUUCCUUUGAAAAAUCAAGAGUCCAAAAGGAUUUCAGUGAGAAGAAGCUCAUCACAGACGCCCUGAAUAAAAAUCAGUUCUUGAAGAGACUGGAGCCUCAGCAAAUCCGAGAUAUGGUGGAAUGUAUGUAUGAAAGGACUUUCCAGCAGGGGAGUUAUGUCACCAGACAGGGAGAGCCAGGCAAUCACAUUUUUGUGCUCAAAGAGGGCAGACUGGAAGUCUUUCAGCAGAAUAAACUCCUCUCCUCAAUACCUGUGUGGACAGCAUUUGGUGAACUAGCCAUUUUAUACAACUGCACACGGACAGCUUCUGUGAAAGCAAUCACCGAUGUAAAAACAUGGGCAUUGGACAGAGAAGUGUUUCAAAACAUCAUGAGAGUGACAGCACAGACAAGGCAAGAACAGUACAGAAGCUUUCUUAGAAGUGUGUCUCUCCUAAAAAAUUUACCUGAGGAUAAACUAACCAAGAUCAUGGACUGCCUGGAGGUGGAGUACUAUGACAAGGGAGAUUAUGUUAUUCGGGAAGGAGAAGAAGGAAAUACCUUCUUUAUAAUAGCAAAAGGAAAGGUGAUAGUUACCCAGAGUACUGCAGAUCACUCACAGCCUCAGCUGAUCAAAAGUCUACAUAAAGGAGAUUACUUCGGAGAAAAGGCUCUCAUUAGUGAUGACGUCAGAUCAGCAAACGUUAUUGCAGAUGAAUAUGAUGUGGAGUGCCUUGUUAUAGAUAGAGAGACAUUUAAUCAAACCGUUGGAACUUAUGAGGAGCUCCAAACCUACCUUGAAGGCUAUGUGGCUAACCUGACCCGGGCUGAUGAAAAGCGACAUGCAAAAAGAAGAUCCUUCUGUGGACAGUCGACCAAAGAGGUGACUUUGGAGAUGAUACAGCUGCAGGAGAAAGUAGCCCAGUUCUCUUCUUCCCCAUUCCAGAAUUUAGAAGUUGUCACAACUCUCGGUGUUGGUGGGUUCGGAAGGGUUGAGCUUGUUAAAGUGAAAAAUGAGAACAUCGCUUUUGCAAUGAAGUGUAUAAAGAAGAAACAUGUAGUGGACACCAAACAGCAAGAACAUAUCUAUUCUGAAAAGAGAAUUCUCGAACAGAUAUGUUCUCCAUUCAUUGUGAAACUGUAUCGUACAUUCAAGGAUAGUAAGUACGUAUACAUGCUACUGGAGGCUUGCCUUGGAGGCGAAUUGUGGAGCUUACUGAGAGACAGAGGCAGCUUUGAUGAACCCACUACCAAGUUCUGUGUUGGGUGUGUGACAGAAGCUUUGGACUAUCUACAUCACAUAGGAAUUGUCUACAGGGACCUGAAGCCAGAAAAUUUAAUUUUGGAUGCUGAAGGAUACAUAAAAUUGGUUGAUUUUGGAUUUGCAAAGAAGAUCGGGUCAGGACAGAAAACCUGGACAUUUUGUGGAACCCCUGAGUAUGUUGCCCCAGAAGUCAUUCUGAGUAAAGGCCAUGACUUCAGUGUGGAUUUUUGGUCCCUUGGGAUUCUUGUGUACGAACUCCUUACUGGCAGUCCACCGUUCUCCGGGGCUGAUCAAAUGGUGACAUAUAAUUUGAUUCUCAAAGGGAUUGAAAAACUGGACUUUCCUAAAAUAAUAACAAGGCGGCCUGAGGAUUUGAUCCGCAGACUUUGCAGGCAAAACCCUACAGAAAGAUUAGGCAAUCUGAGGAAUGGAAUUAAUGACAUCAAGAAGCACAGGUGGUUGAAUGGUUUUAACUGGGAUGGUCUGAAAGUGAGGAAAUUAACAUCACCUUUAAAAAGAGAGUUGUCUGGACCAACUGACUACAGCUACUUUGAUAGCUAUCCACCUGAAGAGGGAACCCCUCCAGAUGAACUUUCAGGCUGGGACAAGGAUUUCUGAUACUUCCUUCUUCCGGGACAUUUAUAGAGACUCAUAGGCAUCAGUUCUAAACCAGUUCUCAUGUUUCUUGCUUAAAAUCAAAGCACGCAAAGUUUUUGACAAGCAUGAUGUUCCCUGAAGAAUAGAAGACAGUGAAGCAACCAGAAUCUGUUUGGGUAACACACCAAAUUCUCUGUGUGCCUCUAGAUAACAAGGGCAUGCAGAUGCGACCUGAAUACUUUUUGAUAUACGGUGUCUCUGUGAGCAUUUUCAGGCACUGUGGGUGGGAUGUAUGGUUUUGCUAUUGGAAGUUUCACUAGCUACUUUUGAUAUUAAAAAGGUUCCUACGUGUCUUAAUUUUUUAAAAAAGGGUUAGGAUUAGAGGCCCAUGUGGCAUUUGUCAAUAGAUGACACUAUAGGCAUUUAUUUUUCAUUCCAUUAUAAGUUUAUUGUUUUACUUUUUCCAGUAAUGGACAGAACCGCUUUCAUCUAGAAGCAUGUAGAAAAGACUUCUGCAACGUUGAUUUGAUGCUGCAGUUCGAAACUGCUUACCAGUUUAGUUUUGCUCUGGGUUAAGUAUGUGAGACAGGCUGUAACACAUCAAAGGAAAAUCCAGUAAGAAAUGAGUUGUAUGCAUAAUAGAAGUUUCCUGGAGAAGCAGACUGUAGUAUGUGUUUCUCUAACUGCUUCAAAGAGCUAUGUCCCUUUCUUAAAAUGCUGUGCUUUUAUGUAGUGUGAAGAUAAAAUAGAUGGACAAAAAUCAUUUACCUUGCAAGAAAAAAUACAAAAGUACAGAAUCCUGUGUUCUCCUUCAAACGUUCUUUCAUUGAUAUUUUAGUUUUCAUUGGUAUUUUGCAGAAGCACUAGAUAUGUUUACAUCAGUGCUAAAACUCCCUCCCAUUUUCAAUGUUCUGCUUGUUCUCACUAGAUGUGAAAUACCGUUUCAAAUCAUAUUUCAUUAACUUAUACCUAUUCUUAGUUCUACAUGUACAGUGGGAAAAUAAGAGAGUUUUUUUUUUUUCUUUUGUAGAAAAUUCUGUUCAUGAAUCAGUUUAACUAUUGUGUUCUAUUUUGACCAUCUUCCUUUCUCCCUCCUGGCUGCGAAUGACGUUUAGAAAGGCAAGAAAUGAUAAGCUUUUCUCAAAAACAAUAUAGAAAUAUGAUUGUUUUUUGUUGCUCAAAUGUUCAAGCUCUAUUUUCACCUUCUUUGGCACAAGGAAACAAAUUGUGAACCAGAACCACCAAACAGCUUGAGCAAGGAAGGCCAGCAAAAAGCAGACAAGGUGGUCAGGAAGCUGCGAGGAGAGUCUGAGGGACAUGGACUUGUUCAGCCUGGAGGAGGGAAAGCUUUGGGGCACCUUAUAUGAUCAGGUAGAGCCUUGAGAAUCUCAGUCUGAAUCCAUUGUUGGCCCUGCUGUGAGCAGAAGGUUGGACUGGAGACCUCCCGAGGUCCUUUCCAGCCUGAAUGAUUCUGGGAUUCCAGGAAAUAAUUUUAACUGUCAGCCAGUGGUGUAAGUAGAAUAUAGCAAGAUGUGCUUUCCCAUAUGACUUUAUAUAUGCCUGAUUUUUGUCACUUAUCCUUUAGAUCAUGAGAACAGGGGAGUCAGUCUGAAACAUUGAUUGGAUAAUAAAUGCAGUUGGAUGUUGUGUGUUCAUGGUUUAAACGGAAAAACUCUGCUGCACUCUGUUAUGAGCCACGACUGCUAUAGGAACAGACAUGUUCCUGGGGGUCAUGCUGGGCUUCCAAGCUCAGUGCAUCUGCAGCCCCUACUAGGAUUUGUUUCAUUUCCCGCUAAAGCAAAAUCCAAUCUAAAUGGAGAUAAUGAAGAUGCCUCAGCAUCCUGCAUUUCACAUGCUGGAUGGAAAACCUCCCAGGAAACUUGUAAAAUGUGCUCAGGGCUUAGUUACUGAUGACUGCUGUAUGCUUAGUGGCUGGUCAUGACCUAUCCCAACUGGGCAACAGAGGGACUGCCCCAGGGACUGUCCACUUUCCCCAUUUCUGGUAAGUGAAGGAACCUGAACCUCCACUUCCUAAGGCCAGUGCCAAACUUCAUUUUGCCUUUAAUAGGAGUCUACAGGGACCUGGGGCUGGAUUCCCUUAGUAAUUGGUGAGGAAGGAAUGUUCUUUUUGGGGGAACUUGUUCUUCACUGAACCUCUGCUGGGUGAACUUCUGGUUGUGCUGUGGCAGAAUGUUAAUUUGGCUGGUUUGGGCAGAAGGCUAACAAAAUGCUUCCAUAAAAAAUUGUAACAAACAAAACAAUGUAGUUAUUGAACUUAUUUAUUACACUGUGUGGGCUAAUUGAUUUUUCCAUGUUAACAAGUAUUUUUUACUGCUGAGUGGUCAUUGGUUUGACAGCAAAUCACUUUACGUAUUCUGUAGAAAUUUCAGUCCAAGUAAAGUAGUAUUUUCCACUGAAUGUAAAGGAGGUUGGAUGGGGCCCUUGGAGGAAGACAGCACCCAUUUUUCUGAUUCUGUUUCCCUGCCUGGUUGUAAGCUAUCACGGGAGCUCGAAGCCAGCAAAGCCUGUGUGAAGUAGUGGUAAGCAUACACAGCCAAGAGGGUGGAGCAGAGGCUUUAAGCUGGGACGUUAGAUGCUUCAAACUCUUGCAGCUAACUCUGCUUAGUGACACCAAAGAGCAGAUUCUCUUUUCAGGAUUUAGAAAAGCAUUAGACAUUAUGGUGUGUGUUUCUCUGUGUGUCCGUUUCUGUCUUUCUCUCAUAAAUAUGUUUAUUAAAAUACUGUUGAGCCAAGUUUUAUAAAAAGCUUUCAAAUGUAUUUUUCCAUUGUAUUUAUAGGUAAUUUUCUUUUAUAUAUAUAAAUAUAAUAUAUAUAUAUAUGUUUUUUAAGUGAAGAAAUAAAAGUAGGAUGUUUAGUGCAGUUAGCAAUUAAGCCUGUGCAACUGUAGGAUGUUUUCUUUAUACAGCAAUCAUAUAUUUUGUUUAACCUGCAGUGUGUGCAAAUAAAAGAAGUCUACAGUGGAAUGUG